CGGAUAUAUAGAUAUACUAAGUUCGUCGCCCCGCUAUCAAGAUGUUCAUCUGAAUCUCUUCUAAAGGCCCGAACCUAUCCUUGUUUUCUUAAACAAUCAACUUUGUGAAGCACAAUUUCAUAAUCCUUGAAAAUGUAAUCGAUACUUCGUAUCUUGGAUAUGACGCGUAAAUUACCGUGGAAAAGAGUCGAAAUAGGCUCGAUUAGCACUCCACGAUCACUAACGUCGACUCCUAUUAGCCAGCAAAAAGCAAAGCGCGAGAAUACUGACGAUGACGAUAAGCAAGCCACAGCUUCACCUACUCCUGCUAAAAGGGUGAAGAGCUCCCACUCUGUACCUGCAUCCCCGGCACCUAAAAUUACACCUCAACUUGGAUCGUCACCGCCUUCUCUAAAGCCACUACCCGAAAGCUAUAUGAUUGAGGGUCUUGACCAUGACGACUUAUAUCGCAUGGUAGAAGAUGAAUUCUUAUCGACGGCCCAGCAGUUCACGGCCCAUCUUCAUGCAGCCGAGUAUCAUCGUCUAAAAGCAGCAUCUAAGUCUCAAAAUGCGGAUACCAUCAGGGAUAUCUCGAGACCAGUGGUUGGGCAGAUGACCGACCUGGUCAAGCAGAAGCAAGAACGCAAGGCUCGUCUCGAGAAGCAGAAAGCAGCAACGAGAAAGGCGAGGGCCGACAUAAAUCGGAAUGAUGACUCUACCGCGAGUGAAAGUGACCUGUGGCGUUCCGCGUCUUUGCACGGACUCAUGGAGAGCCCAAGAAAGAAAGCGGCUCGCCUUGAUAAGUUGACCAAGGUGGUGACUACGACUCGUGCUGCCGCUGGUUUUAGCACAGCCAAGUCCGGACGGUUAUUUCCUACUUCUCAUCCAAUUCGUAAAGAUAUUACUGGUAGUAGACCUAUACCUAAAUCGACGCCGCAGCAGGAUAGUGAAACAGAAAGUGACGACGAUGAAGACCUAGACGGCCCUUCUACUAAGAUGUCUACGAACUCGGUUAAGAAACCCCUACCAUCUAUGGCUCAACUCCCAAAGCCAAGGCAAGUCCCAAGUACUACAAGUAACAACCACCCCCUACGCCGCUCAGAGAAUAUCCACCCCAUCAUCCAGCAACCAGAGGCCAAGACCACUACAGAGGCCGCAUCCUCAUCCUCCUCCGAGGCCGACGGCAACGGAGACUUCCUAAGCCGCCUCAAGCAACGCCAAGAAGACCGCAAGCGCAACCGGGAGCAAAGAAAGCAAGCAGCGUCAAACAAAGCACAGUCGUCAACAACAGAUGAUAUCAUUCCAGGCUUUCUCUAGACUACCCAAGUUAUAGGUACCUAGUAUAUAUACAGUACAGCAACAAUCACAACGACUCAGACUCAAAAGGCGUCUGGAACGGCUGUUCCGCCUGCGGCGUAAUACGCGCCAAAUGCCUGCGCUGCCCGGUCUUCCAGUCGUGCAGCGCCGAGUGCUGCGUCACACGGU